AUGCGCGAUGCAGGAUUCAUCUACGUAACGACCCGAAUCUUCCACGUACCGAUAGGCAGGUGGCCGAAGAACAAGAUGUUGAAGAUGGUAGGGCUAUUCUGGAGGGCGAUCCUGCUUGACGGUGCUCAGUCGAUUGCGCUAGGGCCGCUGACCAGAGGCCUGAAGUGGAGUCGAGAACAGGUGGAGAUGCGGCUGAUGGAGGUUAGGAAGGCGUAUACAGAUGAGUGGGUUCACAGUCAUAUGCCGUUGUAUAUAAUAUAUGGGCAAAAACCUGAGGAGGGAAUGGGCAUGGGUACGGGGAUGGCAGGAUAUGAAUAG